AUGGCAGAGCACAAGAUUACUGUCAACGCAUACGCACCGGGUAUCGUAGGUACAGCGAUGUGGGAUCUCAUCGACGAGAAGCUCGGAGAAAAGACUGGCGCGAAGAAGGGCGACACCAUCAAGAAGUACACGGAUGAGCUGAUCGCGUUAGAUAGGUUGAUGCGAUGGAGAUCUGAGCUCGAUGCUCUCGAGGAGUUGCGGGCCGCUAUAAAGACUCUCUCAAUGCAUCAGAGCGAAAAGGUCAAGCUCUUCGCGCUGACAACACAAGUCAAAAAUAUUGUGGUGAGCGUUCAGAAAGAGAUCAGGGAGAAGCUGAAGACAUAG